AGAGAGGAGCAGAGGGGCAGAAUCCCCUCCCUCCCUGCUGGCCACGCUGCUCUGGAUGCAGCCCAGGACACGGAUUGCACAUUCUUUACAAGGAAAGAGAUUCUGAGGCUGUUUUACAGAUACCGAGAUCUCGCCCCACAGCUAGUUCCGCUCGACUAUACGGAUAAACCAGACGUGACGCUUCCCUAUGAACUCAUUGGCAGCAUGCCAGAGCUGAAGGACAAUCCAUUCCGCCAGCGGAUUGCAGAGGUUUUCUCAGAGGACGGAGAUGGCAACAUGACUUUAGAUGAUUUUUUGGACAUGUUUUCAGUACUGAGUGAAAUGGCUCCCAGAGACUUGAAAGCUUAUUACGCUUUUAAAAUCUAUGAUUUCAACAAUGAUGAUUACAUAUGCAAAUCAGAUCUAGAGAAAACUGUUAACAAAUUAACCCGAAAUGAACUUACCCCGGAAGAAGUAAGCCUUGUUUGUGAUAAGGUGAUUUACGAAGCUGAUGUGGACAACGAUGGCAAACUGUCUUUGGAAGACUUUCAGCAUAUGAUAGUACGAGCUCCAGAUUUCCUCAGCACAUUUCACAUUCGAAUCUGAAUUGAGUGAAAGACAGACAGAAGCGCUUCUUGAACCUUCAACAACUGUUACUUCAGCUAAGAUUACUGUCCAUGAGAGAAAAACGAGGAGCGCAAAGAGGACAAUUUCUGGUAACUGAACCAGUUGGAGAGCUCUUAUCUCUACCUCUUUAAAAAGACCAAUUAAUUGAGAUUUCCCUGUAAUUUAAGAAAAUGUCUGUUCCCCCUCCCAGCUCAAGGCCUCAACAGUGAUACGGGAAACAUUUUUUUAAAGUUCAGAUACCACCAGGCAGAGAAGGAACUUGUAUCAAAUUAGAGUCUAAAAGAAUUCCUAAGAAAAUGCCUCAUCCUGUACCCUUCUUGAAAAUGGUUUCAAAAACAUCAGCGUUAAUCAAACUGUGUAAGCAACCCCUCUGACCAGCUUUCACGGUCUAAACGGUGGCCCAGGGAAUCCGUUUGCUGAAGUGUUCCCCCAGUGUGUCACAGAAGCCAUGUCACGUUUCAGGAGACUAAGGGG